GGACAGAGCGAUUAUUGUUGCAAAUAUCUCUCGUACGUAAGAUUGAUACAGAUGAAGAGUGACUACAUGUGGCAGCGUCUGCUCACACGAACCCGCGGCGUCUUGGACCUCAUCCACUUGUUGAAUCCUGCUAGAGCAGCGCUCCCUCGCACGCAGCUCGUCGCUCGUAUCAUUUCGCUUCCUUUAACAUGUGGCUCCAUGCAAAGGUUCCGUGCGCCAAGUCGACGACACAGCUCUGUAGGCCGAGGGACCCGGCCCUUCCAGGGGUGCAUUAUCAGAAGGGGAAGAUGCACAGAGCACAGCCGAGCGAUACCAGCGACGAUUGAUCAGCGCAUGCUUGUGAAUAAUGUCAGCAUAGCAGCAACAGGGAUUGACACAGAAUUUCAGAAGCACUCCAGUGCACAUCACAUUGCUAUCCAAACCGCCUCGCCCGCGUGCCCUUGUAGGUUCCCUCGUGCGGCAUGCCGGGCCACUAAUGAGUUGGAGGGAAUAUCAGGCCGUUGACGCGACCUGUUGGGCGGAGAUGCCACCUGCCCUGUGCCUUCGACCGUGGCACGCCGUUCCAUCGCCAGCUACAUACUCGGGGUUCUUCGGAUAUCUGUUGCUCUUGGCUGGCUGCUUGAGGACUAUCUAAGAUAAUGCGAGCGAAACUAAGA